AUGGUGGGGAACAAGCAGGUGGUGUUGAAUAACUACGUGCGAGGGUGGCCGAACGAGGGAGACUUUAGGCUGCAGUGCACAGAGACGGAGAUAAAGAGCAUUCCAAAUGGAAGUGUGGCUGUGCUUCUCAAGAAUUUGUAUCUCGCAUGUGACCCUUACAUGCGUCACCGCAUGUCCGACAACCAUAUCUCCCAUCCCGGCACCAUCCUCCAAAACUCCUUCACCCCUGACUCUGUUCUUGUAGGGUAUGGUGUCUCGAGGGUGAUACAAUCCACUCACCCAGACUUCAAGGAAGGCGACCAUGUUUGGGGAAUAACAGGGUGGGAGGAAUACACUAUGAUUCCUAAUCCCGAAAAGCUAUUCAAGAUCACAUAUACUGAUGUGCCCCUCUCAUAUUACUUGGGUGUCCUAGGUGUGACUGGGAUUGCUGCCUAUGUUGGUUUCUUCAACUUAUGUUCCCCUAAGGAAGGGGAAACUGUCUUUGUCUCUACGGCAUCAGGAGGAGUAGGACAACUUGUUGGUCAGUUUGCAAAGAUGAUGGGUUGUUAUGUCGUUGGAAGCACUAGCACCAAAGAAAAGGUUGAUCUUUCAAAGGAUAAGUUUGGAUUUAGUGGUGCUUUCAACUAUAAAGAGGAGCAAGAUUUAAGUGCAGCCUUAACAAGGUACUUCCCGGAAGGCAUUGACAUUUACUUUGACAACGUUGGUGGUCGAAUGCUGGAUGAAGUGCUCUUGCACAUGAAAGCCCAUGGCCGGGUCGCUGCCUGUGGAAUGAUUUCUCAAUACAAUCUUGAAGAACCAGAAGGAAUAAGAAACUUGUUCAGCAUGAUACCAAGGCGUGUAGAGAUAAAAGGCUAUGUUGAAACAGACUUCAAGCACAUAUAUCCCCAAUAUCUUGAAUUGGCCAUCAAGUACUUGAAGGAAGGGAGUCUAGAUUAUGUUGAAGAUGUAGCAGAAGGCCUAGAAAAUGCAGCAUCUGCUUUUGUUGGAAUUUUCCAUGGUCGUAAUGUUGGCAGGCAGAUCAUUCGGGUUGCUUAUGAGUAGGCUUCGUUUUGGACAUCUUUGCAUGUUCUUGAAGCAACUAGACAUAUACCCUUAAAAACUAAUUUUAUUAUUUAUAUAUUAAAUAAAUAAAUUGCUACAUCAGUUAUG